AUGGAAGCUGACGGGGUAUCGUAUAGCAACGAAGAAUCCCAUGCGGAGAUGAGCAGCCAGGAGAGGUUGCAGUGCUUGGAGAAGGUUCUUUCCUACUAUCUGGGCGGGAUAUCACUUUCCGAUGACCAACUACGAGACUUGGCUGCCUCAUGUCCGAAGCAACCGUCAUCAGUACCAAUCCCAGACUGCGGGAAUAAUAGGUCGGACCCUGAGGCUUCUCCAACCACAUCGCAGAAUAUGCCGGUCGCUGAAAGUCUUCUAGAAAAUGGGCCUGACUUUUCGCUCGGGGCCUUCACUAAGACCAUCGAGUCGGCUAUCGCAAAGAAAUUCGAUGCGCCAACCUUCGAAUCAACUAGCCUGCUUCAUGGCCGACAGAAAGUGGGGUCAGUGAGCUUCGGGCAUAUGGAGAAGCAGCAAAGAGAAAUUGCGUCGACGUCGAAUACUGGACAAUUUAUUCCCACCAGUGCAGCCCUUGUCUUAUUUCCUCCAAAAGAUAUCGCCCAGUUCCUCGUUGAUGUCUUUUUACGGUACACACAGACCAAUAUCUAUUAUGUCGAAGAGACAUGGGUAUAUGAUUUUCUUGACAUUUGUUACACGCACCCCUCUUCCUUGGUUAGUAGCGAAGAUGCAGCGAGUAUAUGCACGAUUCUCAUGGUCAUGGCGUGCGGGACGCAGUUUGCACACAUGGAGUCUUUCCGCUUGAAUGGCCAGGUGAGCAACGAAUCGUCCACCACGGUACACUUCUCGGAAGACGAUAUCGGGCGAAAAUUCCACCAGGCGGCGUGUUCGCUCAUGCCGUACGUGAUUAUAGCAGGUUCCUUUCGCAGUGUUCAAGCCUGCUUGAUGAUGGCCACCUACAAUUUCUCUCUGGAUUCAGCAGGUGCUUCAUAUACUUAUCUCAGCUUGGCACUGAGCUUGGCCCUUCAGAAUGAGAUGCACCACGAGAAGAGUUACGCAUCGACAGAUAUCAUCGCCUCUGAGGUACGAAAGAGGGUUUGGUGGACGGUUUAUGCACUCCAAAAGCAAGUCAGCCUCAGAUAUGGGCGGCCCAAGCUUUUGUCGCACGUCGAUGUCGAUGUUGAGAAGCCGAGAGACAUCCACGAACUCCGUCCGAUAAAAGAGACCUCCAAUUUCGACAACCUGCUCAGCCUGCUCGACCUCACACUCAUCCAUGAAGCGAUAUGGGAUGAGAUCGCUGCCCUCCGCAGAUCUCGCGUGCCGAUACACUCCCUAAACUUGUUCUCCAUCCGUCGGCAACUGAUCAGUUGGCGAGACCGUUUUAAGAUGGUCGAUGCUCCGUGGGCGCUGGAAAUGAAUGUGUGUCGUCUGAGAAACGACAUUCAUAUUCGGCUGUACUAUUGGACUACGUGUCUGUCGCUCGGCCGGCCUUUCCUGCUGGCAAACGAGCAAACAACGAAAUCCUCUGGUGAAAUUUCCGAUGGGCGACCAAUGCUCGGGUACGAAGUCCUGGUUCAAGACUCCAUCAAUGCUGCAUUAGAGAUCAUCAGCCUGUGCCAGCUGCUGCGCGACCGUGUCGGUCUCUGCCGCGCCUCGUACGCAACGGAAUUCACUUGCUGCCGCACCGCAAUGCUGGUACUAUUGGCACAAAGUAUAGCCGAACCGAGUGCCAAAGUACGCGACGGGCUCUCGCGUGGCUUGGAGCUCAUCAAACUGAUGUCCAUCAGCAGUACCCUCGCCAAGUCGGAGGUCCACGUGAUCGAAGCGCUGGAAAACGCUAUCAUCCGCUUAGACAGUGCGACGAGGCUCCGAGGUCAAGCUGUCUGUAACUCGAACGUCGAAGAGAAAUCGAAAUAUGAUAUGUUGCAGAGCUGGGGUCUUCUGUGGCAAAACUCGCUAGAUAUCGAUACCGCAGAACAAUUUUUAUCCUCGGGACCCUCGCCGACGACGAACGACAUGAACCAGACAGCUCACCACAAAAACAGAAGCGAAAAUGGAAGCAUUCCAGGGGUGCAGCACAAUCAGCACAGUGGCUUCUUCUCCAUUGAGGGCUCCAGCGACAUCGACCUUGAGUCCUUCUCGUUGGAAUUAGAUCAAUUUGGUCAGUUCCCUGAUUUCAAUCUCAAUCUCGGCCUAUUGAACGAGGAGUACGUCCGGGAGAACAGCAGCCUACUUAGGCCUGAGUUCAAAUGA